AUGAAGGGUUUGGAAUCCAAUCCUACCGCGUACGCAACGUUGUCGUUGCAUGAGUCUGAUCUCAUCAGAUUUACCUACUUCCCCGAGGAUAUCUACCAGAAAGCCGAAAGCGUCCUGAGAAACUCUUGGCCUCCAGGCAUCAAGAAGGAGACCUUCUAUGCCGGUUCGUACCAGUACAAGCUCAAGGGGCGGCCGUGGAACCCCCACCGCCAAGCCGAGUCGGUUGGUUCCCGAAGACUCCUGCGGGAUAUUCUCGACUUCUUAUACCGCUGCGGCUGGGUCCUGACAACCUCCAUCAACCUGAGCGAGCGAGUCGGAAAGAGGGACACGAUGCUGUUCAAGAAGAAGUUGUUUGAACCUCUGCCCCCACCCGCCAAGUUCCUCGCCGUUCAGUUAUCCAAGCAGAACAAGCUUCUUCUCCACAGCGAUGAUGCAGACCUGAUUGAAGGUUUCAGCACGGUGAUCGACAAUUUGGCCUGCUUCGACAAGGCGUACUGGAGCCAUGAUGCUUUUAUGUUCACCACCAAGGGCAAGCCAUGGUGGGCCAGCCGAGAGCAGUCGAUGCAGGUCAAGAACAUCAUCAUGGGUAUCAUGAACUUCCUGGAAAGCCGUGGGUGGAAAUGUUAUGGCACUGUCCGCCAUCAAACCGAGUCGGCGGAUAGGAAGCACUGCGAUUCGUGGUACUUUAUGAAGCCACAACAAGGGGUAGAAGAGCUCUUAGCCGGUCUAGACGACCAUCCAGUGGUCGACCGGUUGCACUUGCUGGACUGA